GCUGAACACGGGUUUGUUUAUUUGUGGCACACAGAGAACAGCUGCUGUUCUGUCUGCUAGUAGCUUCCUACAACCAGUUUUUAUUCUCAAAGCUAAUGAAAGCCUCCUUGUAUUGCUUCAUUUGACUUGCGCUCAUAUCACAGGUGGAGUUAAAGUGACGCCAUGGAGCCGGCCUGCCGCAAGGACAAACCAAAGCUGAACUCAACCCCGACCAGAGGAGACAGAGCCAAGCAGAAGUCUGCACAGCAGGAGGCCAAACAGCGACAGAGAGCAGAGAUAUAUGCAUUGAACAAAGUGAUGACAGAGUUGGAGCAGCAGCAGUUUGAGGCCUUUUGUAAACAGAUGCAGUCCCAAGGAGAAUAACAGCAGCAGCAGCAGCUCCGCUUCCGCCUUCCACGUGGAUCAGUUUCUGUUAUUCUACCCAAAAAGACACAACCUUUGCACUUCCUUGAACUGUUACAGAUAAAAUCACUACUGGAGCAUAUUCCUGAUACACAUCUUAAAGGUGCAGAAUCUUUAUUGCUGAUGUUUUAUAAACAGUUUUAUAAAUGGUUCUGGUUUUCUUCAUCCUAAUCCUAACAUGUUCUUUCAUUUUCAUUCAUGUACUGCUGUUUCAUUCUUUACUUCUUCAUAUUAUGUGGAGAAACAAGUUCAUUUCCAUGUACACAACUAUUGCAUAGCAGCUUAUUUGAAUUUCUAUUAAAUUAUAAAAAGAAUUGGAAGCAUAUAUUCUAUUCACAUUAGAUUCCAUCCGUUGUCUAAACCUGCCUAUCUGUUCGAGUCAUGGGUGGGCAGGUUGUGUUAACUCUGUCAGAAGUUUCAACAGUAAUAUAAAUGUAAUUUUCUGUUUCAUUUUGUUAUCUAAGAAGGUAGUUUUUAUUUCAAUGUUUCUGACUGUAUUAAAGCCUGUCGAUGCAAAUGUGCAACUUAAAACCACAGAGUAUUUUUUGGAGAAUAUACAUUUUCUUUUAAAUAGUUAUCAAAUUAUUUAAGAUCAGGUUCAUAAUUUGAUGUGACAUUACUUAAAGCAGAAAGACCUUUACCUCUGAGUUCCUACUUUUGAUGCUCUAUGAAACCAGACUGAUGCUUCCAGGUUACAUUUCAGUUUUAGUUUGGAAUCAGUAAGUGAUGUCUUCAGAUUCCUGAGAAUAUUUACUACUGUCUGCAAACUUCUAACAGCCAAACACUGUAAAACCUUAAAUGUUUCAAAAAAGUUUUCACUAUUUGAUUGACAUGUGUUGUUACAAACUUUGUACUAUAAAGAUUAAUAUUUGCUGUU